AUGGAUGGAAGAACACCGAAGAAAAGAUGGAUCGAUUGCGUGAGUCGGGACAUCAAAGAGGAUGACAGGAGGAUGAUGAGUAUAGGGAAGAGUGAAAGAGAAAAACUUACUGCGCCGACCACAAAUAAUUUGGGAAAUGGGCAGGGAGAUGAUGAUGAUAAUUAUAAUCGGACUAGUAUUAAAAAUGUGAAUGUUUGUAUGUUUGUUUGUUACGCUGAAACGGCUAAAUCGAUUUGGAUGAUAUUUAGUGCCCAGAUAGAAGAUUAUAACCUGGAG